AUGCGCUCCAAUCGCAACGCGAUAGGUCCCGGUAGGAAGCAUCGUAACCGGUCCUUACACUGCCGGACACUUUUCAUUGCAAAUCCUAAAACUUCAUGUGAGAACAUGGGUGCCUACAAGUACAUGCAGGAGAUAUGGCGCAAAAAGCAGUCUGAUGCGAUGCGCUACCUUCUCCGUAUUCGUACAUGGCAGUACAGGCAGCUAUCCGCUGUUCAUCGAGUCAGUCGUCCUACACGACCAGAAAAGGCCCGUCGCAUGGGAUAUCGUGCUAAGCAAGGAUACGUCAUCUAUCGUGUCCGUGUCCGCCGCGGUAAUCGCAAACGUCCAGUCACCAAAGGACAAACCUAUGGAAAACCCAAGACUCACGGAGUAAACGAGCUCAAAUUCGCCCGAUCAAAGCAGGCUAUUGCUGAGGAUCGCGCUGGUCGCCGCUUGGGUUCCCUUCGUGUACUUAACUCAUACUGGGUUGGAGAGGACUCCACGUACAAGUUCUACGAAGUUAUCCUAAUCGAUCCCUUCCACAAAGCUAUCCGUCGCAAUCCAGAUACUCAAUGGAUCACCAAGCCUGUACAAAAGCAUCGCGAGUUGCGCGGUCUUACUUCGGCAGGGAAGAAGUCGCGAGGACUCGGAAAAGGAUGGCGGUACGCUGCAACCCGCGGAGGAUCCCAAGCAAAGAACUGGAAGAGAAAGAACACCACAGUUUUCCGCAGAUUCCGUUAA